AUGAAUCGACGAAAUACGAUUAUGUUUUUGUACACAACUUUAACGAAUUUAAAUCUAUUUACUGUGCGAGAUUUUAGCAGUAGUAUUGAUCGAAUGGCAGCUAAGCGUCUUGGUCAAUGGACCUCUCGUCUUUAUAUUAUUUUGCUCAUUAUUGGUCUUAGUAUUCCUGGUUUAUAUGCUAUUAUUCAAUCUCAAACUUUGACAAAAACAUAUGUAGCACCAUCUUUUAAAUUAUACGAGAAGCUCCAGCGUGAUCAUGAAAAUGCACUAGAAUGUCCAUGUUCAUCUAUUGCAACAACAUACAAUGAAUUUGUUAAAAUUGAUGCACGAUUUCAUCACAUAUGCUCUAGUCCAUUCGCCUCAAAUCAAUGGUACAUUAAUCUCACAGCUGGUCUUGUUUCUAAUCUCUCUAUCUAUGAUGAAAGAGACUAUCGUCGAUUUUUUUCUGCUCAUUUACAAUUUCUUCAAGGAUUAUGUAAUAUUUCAAUUGAGUCAGUAUCUAAUACAAUCGAUCAAUUUGUUUCUUCAUUAUUAAUUACUACUCACCUUCUAUCAAAGAAGGAUUUUAAUGCACGUGUCAACUCGCAGAUGAACCUCAGUCAGUCGAAUGCUCCUACAACGCUCGGCCAUUUUCUGUUCUUAGUUCGAAAUAUAAAUCAUGGAAAUGCCAUUAUAUCAAAGUAUGGAACAAAUUUCCAGUAUAUUCUUGAUUGUGAAAACCCUUGUUGGACUUAUUUAUUUACUAAAGCUAUAUUCUAUGAUGAUGAAUGUUCUUGUGGAUUGUCUCCAUUGUGUACUACUCAAGCAAGUUUUUUUAAAAGUAAUUCGUCUGAAAAAAUUCCGAUUCAAGGUUUAAAAAUGGGUUGUACACCAAGUGAAUCAUUUCGUGCUUCAACACUCGAAUGUUUUUAUAAUCAAUCAUGUCUUGAUCUCAUUCAAAAAUAUACAAAUUACAAAUCCCGUAUCGAUCCUAUUUCAUCUAACAAGAGUCAAUUUUCUAUUAAUACUACGAUUGCUGAACUUAUUGAUCAUCUAUUUAUCGAAGAAUGGAACACAACUAUAAAUUAUACAACUUAUUUUGAAAAAUGUUCACCCCUAUCUUGUUCUUAUACUUAUAUUCAACGAUUCAAUUUAUUCUAUAUAAUCACUCUUCUCCUUGGUUUUCAAGGUGGUCUGACCAUUGUUCUUAAAUGGACAUGUCCUAAACUAGUUUAUGGUGUAACCAAAAUAUAUAAUUAUCGAAAGAGACAAACAAAUAUUAUUCAACCUUCAUGUUCUUAUGGAAUAUCGACUAUUAACAUAACUACUACAAAUGUUUAUAAUGCCGAUAUGGAUCCUAAGCCAAUAGCAACAAAUAGAACAUUACGUUCACAAUCAAUUUGUCAGUUAACAUUUCCACCAAUAUUAAUCAAUAUAUCUCAUGAGUGUUAUUUGUCAGUUAGACCCCUUGUCGCUGAUUUUAACGGCGACAAUCACUUGGAUCUUGCAUUUGUUUGUCCAGCAUUUGGAUACACGAUUGUACUUCUUGGAAAUGGCAAUGGAUCUUUUAAAACAGAAAAAACAUUUUCGACAGAAAUAUAUAGACAACCAGCGCAUAUUGCUGUUGGUGAUUUUAACAAUGACAAUCGAUCUGAUCUCGCCAUUAUCUAUUCUACAGAAAACAAAGUGUAUAUUUUGCUUGCAAAUGAUAAUGAGAUGUUUAAAGUAAAAACAAUAAUCUCAAUAGAAGGAGACGAUACUGUAACAGAUAUUUUUGUAGCUGAUUUUAAUGGUGACAAAUACUUAGAUAUCGCUAUCGUUAGUUACAGACCGGCUAGUAUUCUUAUUUUUGUUGGGUAUGGUGAUGGAAGUUUCUUAAUGCGUACAACGUUAUCAGUAGUGCCUAGUAGUGCACCAGAGUGCUUUGCUAUUGUUGACUUUAACAAUGAUGGUCAAUUAGACAUCGCUAUCAAAAAUGAGAACUCUAUGACUAUUAGUAUAUAUUUUGGACGUGGUGAUGGAACUUUUGAAGUAUAUAAGUGGUUUUAUAUGGGACCUCUUUUCUCCGAAUGCCGUAUCUUAACCGAUGAUUUCAAUGGUGAUACUCGAUCAGAUCUUCUAUGCUACAACUCGCGAAAGAAUCUUAUUGGUCUAAUGGCUGGAUAUGGUAACGGAACUUUCGAACUACCAAAAUGGUCUACUAUUAACAAUAUUUCUGCUUCGAGUAAUAUUUCAGACAAUAACUUUUACGUUAACACUCUAUAUGAGGUCACUCUCAACAAUAUUUGGAAAAAAAUAUUUAAGGCAAAUUAUUAUAAGGACGAAACUGUAAAUCUUGUUAGUGAUUAUAAUUGUGAUGAUCAUGCAGACAUUAUUAGUUAUGAUCGUUAUAGCGUUAUAUUUGGCUUGCUUGGCCAUGGAAAUAGCAAUUUUGAACGACAAACAAUACUUUCGCCUAUUGGUUAUGAACGUAUAAUAAAUAUCGCUGUCGGUGAUUUUGACAAUGAUUCUUAUCAAGAUAUAAUCGUUACCCUUUAUGAAUCUAGUAUCAUAAAGAUUCUUUUAAACAGAUGUGAAUGUUGCAAACGUAAAAAUCUCUAG